AUGCGAGCGGGACUGGACUGUGAGGGCUAUGAGAGGUUUCCUGUGUUCAUCGUCAGGACUGCCGAUGGGUUGCGGAGACGAUCGAGGCUGGAGGAGGUCAAGACUCAACAAGUUCAGCAGAAGCAAGUCCAUCCGUCAUCUGUUGUAGAGAACAUCAAUAUUUCUCCACGUAAUGCCAUCGGAAUCAUGACUUCGCAGUCCUAUUUGACAGCUGGCUAUCGGAUCUGGUUCAUCGGGAUCCUCAGCGGAGCACCACAUGUCAAACAAGGACUACUCUUGCCUUCGUUCUGGUUGAAGCCUAUCUUGAGCCAGCCUUCUUCGUCUUUGCUACUGCAAGAAGCCGUUCUGGCUGUGGCUAUCAAGCAUACGGGAGAAGCGUAUCACGAUGAUCAUUUGCGAGGGAAUGGCAUGCUGAUGUAUGGGCGGGUGCUGUCUGCCUUCAGAUCUAUGCUUGUUCAACCAAAGGUCCGCUUGGACGAGAAUAUGCUGGCUACUGCGGGUCUUCUGAUUUUAUACGAGGUGAGGAUGAACCCCAAUGCUGAGCCCUGCUUCAUAGCUGAUUCGAAGUUUGUGUAG